AUGCUCUCCUUCACCACCCUCCAAGUCGGUACUCUGGUGCAAGCCACCUUCCUGCUAGGCAUGAACACCGCCCUAAGCAGCAUCUCUAUCCCCUCCGUCCUUAUCUCGCCCUCACCCAUCCUCGCCAUCCGCCAAUGGCAUACGCAAUUCCGCCGCGCCCAAGUCCCCGCCACCACGCUCAGCGCCUCCAACCUCGUUCUCUCUUUAAUCCUUGCCUAUGGUUCCUCCUCUUCCGGCUUCGCCAAUAAAACGACCAUGCUAUACGUGGCCAGCAGCGUCAUGGCGUUUUUGAUCUUCCCGUUUACGCUGCAUUAUAUGAAUCCGAUUAAUGAUGCGUUGAUUGAGAAGUUUAGAGAGCAGGAGGAGUUUCAUUAUGCGGAUUUGCCGGAGAAGGAUGCGGGGAUGCAGACUGCUAUUUACCAUGAUAAGAUUGCGUACUGGGGAUGGCUCAACCGCUUCAGGAUUGUGCUGUACUCUGGGGUUGUGCUGGUUAAUGCUGUGGCUGUUUUGGCAUAG